GAAAAACACACUCUGGAAAGUACACUGAUAAAAAUCUAAUGCAUUUUUUGUGUGAUGAUAGAUAGUGAGGUUAAGUAUAAGAUUUGUGUGUGGGAGAUAUGUUUCCUCAACAAAAUCAAGACAUUUUAAGUAGAAUUUGCGGUAUAAAUAAGAUCGAUAGAUCUUCUAUAAGUGACCGGUGAAAGUGAAAGUUUAUCACGUGCAGACAAUGAUCCGGGAAGCUCUAAAAACUGUUUUUAGGAUCCCAUUGGCAAAGAAAUUGGCUGCAGGACAUCGCAAAGCUUUUAGCAUAAAAUACUUGGUAUUUACCAAUGUCACAAUAUCUAUGACGCUCUCGAGCCUUGGAGAUAUUCUGGAGCAGUACUACCAGAAAACCUUCCGGCAAAAAACCGAAUGGGAUAGAGCAAGGACUCUCCGGAUGGGGGCCACUGGCAUAACAGUUGGUGUCGUUUGUCAUUAUUGGUAUAACUUUAUCGACAACUUCCUCCCAGGGCGAUCACUGAAGUUAGUGCUGAAGAAGGUUUUAUUAGAUCAGACAAUUGGAUCUCCCCUUGUUAUUUCGACGCUCUUUAUAACUUUGGGGGUUCUAGAGGGGAAUUCAUCGAGGGAGAUUCUGGACGAAAUGAAGCAGAAAUUCAUAAGGCUCUAUACAGCUGAGUGGAUUAUCUGGCCACCUGCUCAAAUUAUUAAUUUUCUGUGGCUUCCCUCGAAAUAUCGUGUUCUCUAUGAUAAUACGAUUUCUCUGGGAUACGACGUAUAUACCUCUCGAGUAGCUAAUGAUGUAAGCUAGCAUAAUAUAGUAAUACUUAAAUCUUAGAAUGUUAAGGUCCAAAAAUCAAAAUGUUAAAAAAUAAACAAUUUCUCAGGGAUUUAUCUGAUAAUCUGAGAUCUGACCUAUCGUAAUUAUUUUCUGCAAAAAUGUAACAUUUUGUAUAACAAUAAAUCUUAGUACAAAAAGGCAGUGUAC